AUGUAUUUCAGCCCACUUUUGUCGCUCCUUUUAACAAUCACUUCCUUCGUUAAUUUUCUGUCAGCCCUCGAUAUUUCAGCCAAAAAUAAUGUAGCUGUUUAUUGGGGACAAAAUGCUGGUUUAAAUCAAGAAAGGCUAAGUGAAUACUGUGAUACAUCAUCGGCAAAUAUAGUAAUUCUUUCGUUCAUCAGCUCCUUUCCCAGCUUGACUUUAAACUUUGCCAACCAGUGCUCCGAUACGUUUUCUGAUGGAUUAUUGCAUUGUUCAGAUAUCGGAUCAGAUAUUAAAAGCUGUCAAGCUAAAGGGAUUAAAGUAUUAUUAUCCAUGGGGGGAGCCAGUGGAACUUAUGGUUUCGAUUCAGAUUCAGAGGCUGAAACUUUCGCAACCACCUUAUGGAACAAAUUCGCAGGUGGUUCCGAUGAUGAAAGACCCUUUGACGAUGCAGUAGUUGAUGGCUUUGACUUCGAUAUUGAAAAUAACCAACAAACAGGUUAUACUGCUUUGGCUGACAAAUUGAGAGAUUACUUCGAUGGUGACUCCUCUAAAACGUACUAUCUUUCUGCCGCACCUCAAUGCCCAUAUCCUGAUCAAUCAGUCGGUGAUUUGAUGGCAAAUUCGAAACUCGAUUUUGCAUUCAUUCAAUUUUACAAUAACUAUUGUGCGUUAGGGUCCAGUUUUAACUAUGAUACUUGGGCCGAUUAUGCAAAGUCUGCCCCAAAUAGCAACAUUAAAUUGUUUGUUGGUCUACCUGCAUCAAGUCUGUCCGCUGGUUCUGGCUACAAUGAUGCUUCCACUGUGGCCGACUAUGUCGACAAGUUCCAGAACGACGCACAUUUUGGGGGAUUCUCUUUGUGGGAUGCAUCUUCAGCUUGGGCUAAUACAAACGGAAACCAAAACUAUGCUCAACAAUUGAAAGAGUUAAUAACAUCUAAUGUGUCAGAGGCAGCCACAACAGCAGCGAUAUCAGAAGUUGAUACGAGCAUCUCUACAAAUAGUGUUUACAGUGUCACGGGAUCCGUCACUUCGAGUGCAUCAGAUAAUUCAUUCAGUCCUACAUUUACAACAUCACAAAACGUGGAAACUUAUUAUGUUGAUUCUACAGUGACUGUCAUAGUAACUGCAACUCCUAGUUCCCAGGUUAAUCAAGUAGUGGAAAAGAGGAACUAUGAGGGAGCAGCAGCUUCUGUUCCGAUAUCCAUAACAGCUGUUAUUAUCAGUGUAUUAAUGUUAGCUAUGUAG